GCUUGCAAAAAAAUUUCAUAUAUGAUACCGGAACUUGGUGUUCAUUACAUUACCGGAUUUAGAAUUUUCGAUGUUCUUACCGGACCAAUUGCUCAAGCAGCUGGACUACAACUUCGAGAUCUACCUGGAAUACGGCCUUGGUUACCUGUCAGCGAUGUUUGCCACUCGCUUAUUUUUGUAAUUCAUCCAGUAGAAGCAGAGAAAUUAGCCGCUUUCUUCUACUACAGGUUGAUAAAAGUUGACAAUUUUAGUAGUAAAUUUUAA